AAAUAAUUCAAUUAACUUUUAUUAUAACAGGAAGAGAAAGUGGGUCAUUUCCCUUUGUAUCUCCAUUCACAACCAAAACAGGAAGUAAAAAUAUAGAGUAAAUUUCCAUCCAUCUAGUCAGAAUGUUUCAAUCACCUGACAGCAGGAAACAUAUAUCACUGAUGUUAUCAGAGGUUUUAGAUGAUAUUGGUGUGAAUGAAAGAAUGAGGAUGAGAACAAGAAGACUUUACAAUUUGAAGGAGACUAUGAAUAAUAUGGUAAUGAAGUCAAUUGGAUACAAUAUUAAUUCAUAUCGUAUAGGCAGUACGAUUGAGGGCACAACGACUUUAGGACUACAAUCAGACACAGACCAGCUACUUCUUGGGAAUGAUAACAAUGCAAUACAGGACAGGUCAGAGUGGGAACAUGGCAAAAUAAACUACUUCAUGAUACAAGAUGAGAACACUACCCCUGGAUACUGUUUUCUACAGCUUCUCCAACAUGAUAAACCUCUUCCUGACACUGUUGUUCCUAAUGAAUUCCAUAUAACUGAUAAGAAAGGAAGAAUAUUGCAUAAGAACAAAGUAUAUGAAACUGAUGAUACUAAAUAUGUUUCACAGCAUGGACCAUCAUAUGCUACACAGGGGCGAGAAGUAUUCCGUGAUUCAGACAGAGUGUACGCUUUUCCCUGUAAGUCAUGGCCAAAGUCAGCAGAAUCAGGAUGGUUAGAUAGACAAGGUAUUGGCAAAUGGCCAACACAAGAGAUGAGAAGAUAUGCAGCCAGUACUGUGUGCUGUGUUGUUCCAACUGGGAGUAAGGUCAGUGAAUACCCUGAAUUGGAGUGGAGAAUAUCUACAUCCCUGGCAGAAAGAUGUCUAAUGUUUGAUUUAGAUAUAACACAAAUAAAAUGCUAUGUUUUAAUGAAGAUAAUUCUUAAAUCUCUUUUAAAUCCUCAAGGAGAAAUAAACAUCUCAAGUUUCAUGUGUAAAACAAUUCUAUUUUAUUGUAUAGAACAAAAAGAGCUGAGCAUUUGGAAAGAGAACAAUUUAUUAGAAUGUUUAAAGGACUGUUUAAUGAAAUUAAGCAAUUGUGUACAGAAUGACAAUCUGUCACAUUUCAUUAUACCUGAAAACAAUUUGAUUGCAGGGCAAUUUACAGCUGAUACAAAACAUCAACUUUUAAAAAAUAUAAGUGACUUUAUACAGAAUGAUGUACAAAGUUUACUUAGAAUCAAUAUUGAUUAUCUUGGACAAAGACUUCAAGUUAAACUUAACUUAGUACCAGAAAGACAAUACGAUUUUUUAUCUUCACUGGAUAUUUGUGAAACUGUUUCUGCUUCCAAUUACCUGUCAUUCUCAAAGAUUUGUGACAAUGACCAUUUUUUUUAUUUAACUAAAUUACAUAAUAAAAAUAUUGGAAGAAUGAAGCAAACUGUAGAAAGGCUAAUGGCUUUCAAUAACAGUGAUAAUAAUUUAGAACAUGCUGCAUUUACGAUCAUAGCGCCUUUUCUCUGUUUUUCAUAUGGAUCUGCCCUGGCCUCAGAAAGUAUAGGUUUAAAACAUCAAGUGUCACCUCAAGCCUUGGUUUGGCUUUUAGAUGGUUUUGAAUCAGAUGUCUCAUCUAGCAGACUGAAAUUAGCUUCAGUAUUUUACAGUUCAGGGGAUAUAGAGAAAACUGAACUUAUUCUGAGACACACUGAAAGCCAAUUUUACUCUUAUCCUGUUGUCUCUCUCUGUAACUGCUGGCAUAGGUUGCUUCUACCACAAGUACCAACAGAAGUAAGAAGGGUAUGUAAUGAACAAAUUGAGGACUGUGUCAAAAAUAUUACAGCAUUUUGUGUCAGAUUUUUAAAACUAGAGAUCAACUGUGUUCCUCAUGAACUACAAUAUGAAAUGUUCAGAUCUACCCAAGAUGACAUAAAACAUAGAGAUCAAUAUGAUGACUGUUGGAUGGACUGGGCUGUAGUUGAUUCGCUACCUUUCCUGUACUUCCUACGAUAUAAAGUCUUCAGGCAUCUUCAAAGGUAUCAGGAUAAACAACACGCACUUAAUAAACUUGCAAACACCAUAGAAACAGAGAAAAACCUUGGACAUAAAGAAACAGCUUUCAAUAUUUUAGGUCAAUGCAUGGAACAAGAAAACAGACCUAAACAGGCAGUAAAAUGUUACCUGUUUUCUCUGCGACAAAGAGCAAGAAACAAUGUGGCAAAAAUUCAUAUAUGUCGGCUACUCUCCAGUUUACUAGUUUGCAAGAAAAAUUGACAAAAAAUACAUAUAGCAUGAAAGGUUUAAUUAUAAUAUAAUGCUUGUUCCGGUUGAGCUAUCCUACCGAUAAAAUUUAUAAUCUUACGGGCUUAUUUAUCUGUGUAUUAUAUAGGCUGCUAAACAAAUAUACAGGAGAAUGAAACCAGAAUGAGAUUUAUGUAAUGAGAUGUGUUAGCUGGGUGCUAUAUUGAUCAAUGGUGGUUCCCCAUAUAUCAUGUCAGCAACAUAUUUUACAGAUUAAUAAAUUGCAAACCAUUCAUUUACAGUAAGAAUGAGACACGAAAUACUAUCCAAAUAUUAACUUUUUUUUAUUCCCCAAAUGAUUUCUCAAAAGUCUGUAUUGUUUGUGUGUUUAUGUUAUUUACAUGGAAUUUUUAAAGCUAUUUUGAGCUGCAUAGAUAUUUUUAUCAGAAAUUAUUUAAAUAUAAUGUAAAGAUCCUUUAGAAAUUAUUAACUAAAUUCUAUAAUAAUAAUCUAAAUAGUUAUUGCAUUGGGGAAUAAAUCUUAAAAUUUGUGUAUACUGAUUAGUUUAUUUUACAUAAUGUUCCAUAUAAUGUUAUUACAUCUAAUGAUUGUUAUAAUAUAUAUAUUAUGUAAUACGUGUAUGAGCUGAUGGUCUGAUUGUACAACAAAUUUUCAAAUUUGAAUUUACAAAUGACAGCAUUCUUAACAAUAAAUCAUUUGUGUUACAUCUAUUUCUUACUUAAAUUUGUUUAUUAUUUCCCUAUAUGUAAAUGGUAUCAGCUUACAUCAUCAUUGCAAGGCCAGAUGCCCUUGAUUAUUUUGACAUAAAAAUAUCAAGCUACUAAUGUAGAUAUUAUCAAAAUCUUUAAAUACUUUUCCAGGAAAUCAAAACAAUUUCAAUUGUAAUUAAGUUUGUAAAUAACAAUUAUUCAACAUGCUUAUGUUGUAAAGUUGGAUUCCAACUACAACAGGUUAUAUAAUCAUUACAUAAUGUUGCAUAAUAUUAUUCAAAAAGUAAAUCAUAUAUAAUAUCCAUACAUAUUUUUCAAGAAAUAUCUAAUCUUUUAAUUUAAAGUUUAAACUUUAACUUAGAUUUAAGUUUAUUUUAAAGUUUAAUCAUAUUGAACAUUGUUGAAUAUUGUUUUAUAGACAUUUCAUUCUUAUCAUUCAUUAGUUAAAUGGUAGAACUUAUUGAUAUACUCUUUAACAGUAACUUAGCAUGGCCUAAGACGCUUUACAUACAAUAUAUAGAGAAUGGUUCUACUUUCAAUUACACUGGCCUUUAAACUUAGUGAGAUACAUAUUGUUAAUUUAGCAUUUGCAUGAUUUAUAUAUGUUUGUAAAUAUGUUUAGUUGAUAUUAGUAACUAGUGUUAGUGUUACAAAUAUUUUGCAAAACUUUAUUAUUUUUUUAAUCAUGGUCAUUUGAAACUGUUGCAAAAUUGUCCAUGAAUCAUAAUCUAUUUUAGGAUAUCAUGUAAAGCCCUUAUGAGCUCUGAUUGGCUAAAAUUCCUUGACCAAUCAGAACAGUUCUGCAUUUUACUGGUUCCACACAAAGUUCUGGUUCCCAGGAGUGUGCAUAAAUACGGGCACUUUACACAAAUUUGACAUUCUGCUGCACUUUUUUUGAAAAAAAAAAUAACAUCUCUAAAAGCUCUCUAAGGUUAAUUAAUUCAUUAUUUAAUUUGUUUUGGCACUUUGCAUUUAAAUAGAUUAGAUUAUGUAAAGCCACUGAAACAUUUUUGGUAAAUUUGUACGUAAUUUUAGUAAUAUGUUUUUACAGAAUUAAUUAAGAUAAAUUAUUACAUGUAUUUUCUCUUUGUUUUAAGUAGCAGCCAUCUUGAAUUAUUAGAUCUAAAUUUUUGUUAAUAUAGAUUAAAAUAGGGCUUGCUACUAUUCAGAUUCAUAAAUUUAAUAGCACAGAAUCAUUAAGUUAUUUUUCAUAUUUUCCGUUAUUACAAUUUAACAACUUUUAACUGAUUUAAAUAUUUUACUUUGCUAGUUAAUUCUGAUAAUCACAUUUUUGGUUUAAAUAUUAACAGUUUAUAUUAAGUGAUCAUUGUGAACUUGUUUAGCUUUAAGUAAAUUUUAGUUAAGUGUAAAUAAAAACUUGGUUCAUUAAAAAUUUGGUUGAUUUCAAUUUA